AUGCAAAUAGUACUGACACUGUGGUGUCUGAUAUGUGCAUGUCUGGUAGCACCAGUGGCAGCCAAGAAAAGGACGCUGACGGCAAGCUCGCUGGUCACGUGCAUGGAGAACUCGCAGCUUUCAGCCAAUAGCUUCGAUGUGUCAUUUUCCCCCGACAACAAGCAGCUACAUUACAAUCUGGACUUGACCACACAGAUCGAUUCUUACAUAUAUGCUUACGUGGACGUAUAUGCGUACGGGUUCAAGAUUAUCACGGAGAACUUCGACGUGUGCUCCAUGGGCUGGAAGCAGUUUUGUCCCGUGCACCCAGGUAACAUACAGAUAGACUCCAUUCAAACUAUCACCGAGAAGUACGCGAAAAUGAUCCCGGGGAUCGCGUACCAGGUGCCCGAUAUUGACGCCUACGUCAGGUUGAACAUCUAUAACAACGUGAGUGAGAAUUUGGCGUGUAUCCAGGUUUUCUUUUCCAAUGGGAAAACCGUUUCGCAGAUCGGUGUUAAAUGGGUCACCGCUGUUAUUGCUGGCAUUGGUCUGUUGACUUCAGCCAUCCUGUCCACUUUCGGGAACUCCACAGCUGCAUCUCACAUCUCGGCAAACACCAUGUCGCUGUUUUUGUACUUCCAAUCUGUCGCUGUGGUGGCCAUGCAGCACGUUGACAGUGUCCCACCCAUUGCUGCCGCGUGGUCUGAGAAUCUUGCCUGGUCGAUGGGGUUGAUCCGUAUCACGUUCAUGCAGAAGAUUUUCCGUUGGUAUGUGGAUGCCACUGGGGGUUCUUCAGCUCUAUAUCUGACAGCGACCACAAUGUCGGUGCUUACCCAAAGAGGUAUGGACUACCUCAAAUCCACCUCAGUUUACAAAAGAGCGGAAAACGUCCUGUACGGAAAUGCCAACACUUUGAUCUUCAGGGGUAUCAAGAGAAUGGGGUACCGGAUGAAAAUUGAAAACACCGCUAUCGUUUGUACUGGGUUCACAUUCUUUGUAGUGUGCGGAUACGUUUUGGCCGGGUUCAUUAUGGCCUGCAAAUAUGGUAUUGAACUGUGCAUAAGAUGUGGUUGGAUACGAAACGAUCGGUUCUACCAAUUUAGGAAGAACUGGAAGUCCGUCCUGAAAGGGUCUUUAUUGAGAUACAUCUACAUCGGGUUCACGCAACUGACAAUCUUGAGUUUCUGGGAGUUCACCGAAAGAGAUUCUGCGGGAGUUAUCGUUAUCGCAUGUCUGUUCAUCGUCCUGUCAUGCGGUUUGAUGGGUUGGGCUGCAUAUAGAACGAUAUUCUUUGCUAGUAAGUCUGUGGAAAUGUAUAAUAACCCGGCCGCCUUAUUAUACGGUGACGAAUAUGUCCUAAACAAGUACGGAUUCUUUUACACCAUGUUUAACGCGAAACACUACUGGUGGAAUGCUCUGUUAACGACGUACAUAUUUGCCAAGGCUUUAUUCAUCGGAUUUGCGCAAGCAUCUGGUAAGACACAAGCACUGGCCAUUUUUAUCAUUGAUCUGGCAUACUUCAUUGCCAUCAUUCGUUAUAAACCAUACCUGGACCGUCCGACAAAUAUAGUCAACAUCCUCAUUUGUACUGUAACUUUGGUUAAUUCGUUCCUCUUCAUGUUUUUCUCAGACCUAUUCAAUCAGAAGUAUGCUGUCUCUGCUAUCAUGGGUUGGGUGUUCUUCAUCAUGAACGCAGCCUUCUCUUUGAUCUUAUUAUUAAUGAUUCUGUCAUUCACUACAAUCAUUCUGUUUUCCAAGAAUCCUGACUCGAGAUUCAAGCCAGCAAAGGACGAUAGAGCAUCCUUCCAAACACAUGCUGCUCCUCAGGACGGUGCUUUAAACAAGUCCGUAGCCAACGAACUAAUGGCCCUCGGUAACGUGGCAAAGGAUCACACUGAAAACUGGGAACACGAACUAAAGAGUCAAGAGAAUAGAAGCGAAGAUAAUCUUUAUGACGACGAGAAAACUGGUACUAAUUCAGAUAAUGCAGAAACCAGCAGCAAAGACACCAGCCGUCCAACAUUUUCUGAGAAAGUUUUACGUUCAUUAUCUAUCAAAAGAAAUAAGAGCAAGCUGGGCAGUCGUAGGGGGGAAACGCCGGAUAAGUCAGCGCAACGAGGAUACACCCCUGACCGGGCAAGCCCUUCGUCCAAUACUAAGUCAUAUCCCGGUGGAAUGCACAUGAGACAAGCGUCUGAGGCAAAUAAUGGGUUGAUCAACGCAUAUGAAGAUGAACAAUUCAGUCUAUCGGAACCAAGUGUACUGGAAGAUACCGCCAGUUCCACCCAAAUGCACAUUAUGCCGGUACGAGAUUUGAGCUUGAAUAGUGUAUCAGACGCCCAAGAUGUAACUAAAAAAGCAAAUAUCUUGGAUUCUAGUUAUUUGUAA